CAGCACUGAGAGCAUCUGCACAGAAGUGAACGACAACCAGGUUAAGGUGGAAGGAGUAGGAGACCACAGCCAUGGAAGCCCGGACAAGUCUGUAGGAGAGACGUCCCAUGCUAAUCGUACCCAUAAUUUAGUGGCAGAGUUAUGCAGCAAAUCCAAUAGACGUGCAUGCAUAGCUGCAAUGUAAUAGAGAUGACAAUCAGUGAGGCCCACUCCUCCCGCCUCCUUAGGGCGAAAUAGUACUGCCUGUCUAAGGCGCGAACGUCCCAUUGCCCAAAUAAAGGCACCGAAACGGCUAUUUUAUGGUUUGCCAAAAUGAAGCAGGGAGGGCAAUCGGUAUGGUCUUGAGCAGAUUUUUUUCUUGUGCAGAGACUCAGGUGGAAUCCAUCUCAGCUGUUCACUUGAAGGGAGAUCUAAACUUCAGGGCAGACAUCCUGAGCAAGCAUCAGGUUUGACAGGGAGAGUGGCAUUUGAACCCGAAAGUUUUUUCAGAAAAUCUCAGCUCUGUGGGGCACUCCAGGCAGAACAGGUGCUAUUGCGGCAGACUAACUCCUGGAUGUGAAACCUUCAUGUUAUGUAACAACAAUUGUGUGUCCUGAAACUUCAAUAUGUCAUAAAAUGGAUAAGUUUGUGAUUAGAAAAGCCAUUUCUAAAAAUAAAAGGACUCUUUUAGAUGAAAGUGCAGGAGGUUCAGACACUGGCAGAAAUGUGGAGAACCUGACAAGAAAGAAAAGGAAGAUUGAAAAGGAUGACUUAUUGCAGGAACAGACUUAUACAUGGAAGAGAAUUAGUGCAGAAAACCUGAGCUGUGAUUAUACAUCUCUGUUCAACAAGGCAGAAGCUGAUGACAUCUUUCUGCAGCUAGAAAAAGCUAUUGUAUAUUUCACAGGAGACUUGAGUAAAGUUCAAGUAUAUGGAAAAUGGCAUAAUGUUCCAAGGAAACAGGUUACUUUUGGUGAUGAUGGAUUAUCCUAUACAUUUUCUGGCAUCACAUUGUCUCCCAAACCGUGGAUUCCUGUGCUGAACCUUAUAAGAGAGAGAGUACAAUUGGCAACAGGAUACACUUUCAAUUUUGUUCUUAUUAACAGAUAUAAAGAUGGUAAUGAUCACAUGGGUGACCACAGAGAUGAUGAAAAGGAGCUGGUUCCACAAAGUCCCAUUGCUUCUGUGUCUUUUGGAGCAUGUAGGGAUUUUAUCUUCCGACACAGAGACUCCCGAGGCAAAAAUGCUGUGAGAAAAAUGGAACCAGUGAAGCUGGAGCUAGAGCAUGGCAGCUUGCUUAUGAUGAAUUUCCCAACCAAUGUCUACUGGUACCAUAGCCUCCCUGUCAGAAGAAAGGUGCUGGCUCCCCGGGUUAAUUUAACAUUCCGGAAAAUUAAACCACAAAAUCAGAGAUGACUGGACACAUAAUUGCAAAUCAUUUUACUAUGAAAUUAGGAAGUUUAAUGCAAGGACAUGGGUCAGAUAGUUAAUAAACAGUUGGGGAGAUUGUAUUAAAGAGAUGAAUAAAUGUUGGAAAUAGAAAAAAAAAAAGAAACAGAGAGUUGCACUGAGUGCCAUUAACCUAAUAGAAUUUGUGACGACACUAAAAGCAGGUAAUGUGCUCACUUGAGGCUGUUGUGCUAAGGACACAACACCUUGUAACGCCUAUAGUGUGCUUUCUAUAUUAUUCUCUCUUAUGUGACGUAUUUUGUUUUACACAUCUGCUUUGUGCCAUAUUCUGGGGUUAUGGCUUCAUUUUAUUGUAUUUACAUGUCUUCGAUACGCCAUAAUGUAUACACCUAAAAAAGUUAUAAUUCUGCUUCUGAAAGGAUUUACACACUGUACCCCUAAAUAAAAUACUGCCUUAUUCUGUGCCCCUGAAUAUAAUUGUGCCAGAUAGUGAACCCUGAAUACAAUAUGGCCACACAUUGUGCCCCAAAAUAUACUGCCGCGCACUGUACUCUGAAUACCAUGCUGUGCCCCCCCCCCCCCCGACACCCUCUCCAGGCUCCUCCGCCUCCCUCCCCCAACCUCUAAAUCCUCUCCACACUCCUCUGCCAGACUCCAAGGUCCUCUCUCAAGCCUCAUCUCCCCCUCCCCAGACUCCUAAUUUUUUUUUGUUACUUCAUAUAGUCAGAAGAAUCAAAGUCCCAUCAAAACUAUAAUAGAACCUAUAUAAACUACAUAUCACAGUGUAAAAAAUUAGCCAUCAUACAGACCUGUAUACAGAAAAAUAUAAGUUUAUGGUAGACUUAUUUUCCUAAAAAUAGUAAAUUAAAACCUUUAUGAAUUUG